GCUUGUUUUGCUUUGAUCAGUCUCAGCCGUUUUUGGCUUUUAGCUUUUAGGUUUUUAUGAAAUCAAUACUGUAGUUUUGAGUUUUUACUGUUUGCAGAAUGUUGUCUUAAUUUUCAGUAGUUAUUUAGUGAUUUAGUGCAGUAGUAAUUGGUGCGAUAUUGCGAUUCUGUACGGGACGUGGGAGGUUGUAUAGUGUGCAUGUAUGUAGGAGGACUGCAAGUGCAGUCUGCUACUGAAUGCUCCCGUCUGUUUAACGCCACCACUGUCAACAGCGUGGUUUCUCCGUAAACACAAACAAGCAGGCCUGUUUCUGCUUGCGAGACUGCGAGUCUGACAUGCUGACUAAAGAUGACAGUGAAAUGGUGUUCAACAGGGCCUCGUAUUUUGUGGAGGAAUUGAUUACAGUGUUAUGGGAGUGAAGUGCAUGUGGAUUCCUUGAUCCAGUCAACACUUCACUGGAUGCCUGAGCAUAAGCAAUAAGCUGCAUCGCUUUGUUGACACAGGAGCUGCAAUUGGCUGCCACUGUACAGUACAGAGCACAGGCCAGGAUUAUCAGCCUGACGGGAUACGCGUCUUCUUGCAGUUGUCUUAAUUCUCCACGACCAGCCACGAUGGCACGACAAGCACGGACCUCCUGUGUGUGCACCUGGCCAGUGUAAUGCCUGAUUCGCUGUGUGUGGAGUGUGGCUGCACAGUGCACAGCGGGAAUCGGGGAGCGGAGCGUCUUGGUUGUGUGGGAGGCCAGUUGGAUCAUUGGAUUGGAUUGCGGUGGUUGAGCGAGGCUUCCUUCGUCAGUGGCAGCGUGCAGAUCCCUGCGUGACGGAUUAAUUAACUGAUCACUGUGGCUGAGCCUCGGAGGGGAAGAUAAUUCCACGGGAAUGCCUGCCCGCAAAGAAGAUGCCCAUCGCGCCCUUGAACUGCUGGAGGACUACUACUCGCGGCUGUCCGCCGCGCGCCCGCAGGACCAGCAGCUGAAGCAGGCUGUCGAGCAAGUGAUCAAGAUCUUCAAGAGCUCCCUCUUCCAGGCCCUCCUCGAUAUCCACGAGUUCUACGAGACGACGCUGAUGAACGACGGGAAGAGCGUGCAGCAAAAGACGCGCGAGGCGCAGCUGAUGAGCAGCAAGUUCCAGAACGCGCCGUUCGGCGUGCAGCGGCACGACUCGGCCGCGUCGUCCUCCUCGCUGGCCGCCGGCUCGGACAGCGUGGCCCACAUCCUGCAGGCCGACGCCGGCGCCAGUCUGGACGCGGCCAACGACCGCUUCGACGCCCACCCGCACACUCAUAAUCCGCCGGCCGCCGCCUACGACGUCCAGACGGCCUCCCUCAACAGUGCUUCCCCGCCGCUGCCCCUCCCGGCCUACCACAGCCUGAACCGCAGCCCCACUGCCUUCUCCUACACCUCGCCUUCCCCCAGCAACAGCAGAAUCUCUGCUGCUCAUUAUGCUUCCGGUCACGGGCCUUCUCAGAGCGGCGUCGGGUCGCACUCGUCGCAGGGCGUCAACGGGAAUGAGGAGCCCGACGGUGUCGGGUCGGGUCCGCAUUCCCGGCGCGUUAGCGUGGAUACGAACGGUCUUCCCUUGGCUGACUUUGUUCAGUCACCCUACGAUGAACUGGAGAUUAUCCUGGAGCGCGGUCCGCUGGGACUGGGCUUCUCCAUCGCCGGCGGCAACGACCAGCCGCGCACGCCCAACGACCCCGCCGUCUACAUCAGCAAGAUCGUCGAGGGCUGCGCGGCGCACCUCGACGGCCGCAUGCGUUUGGGCGACAUCCUGGCGCAGAUCAACGACGACGAGGUGCUGGACGUGGAGCACCAGAUGGCCGCCGACGCCCUGAAGAAGGCCGGCAACAUCGUCACUCUGCGGCUGCGACGCCGGCGCGGGCCCCUGCUGCGGCUGGCCAUCGACAAGGGCUCGCGCGGCCUCGGCAUCAGCAGCGGGGGUCUGGCCAAUCAGCACGUCCCCGGCGACGACGGCAUCUUCGUCACCAAGAUCGUCGAGGGCGGCGCCGCCGCGCUGGACGGAAGGCUGCGGGCCGGCGACAAACUGGUGGCCGUGGGCGAGACGCGGCUGGACCACGUGCAGCACGACGUGGCCGUGUCGCUGCUGAAGAACAGCGGCCAGACGGUGCAGCUGUUGGUGGAGCGCCCGACGGCGGAGGCGGAGGGCGGGUCCGGGGCCACGUCGCCCGGGGCGCGGAACGAGGCGUCCUUCCAGCGCGUCCAGACGCAGUCCUCGGUGUCGCUGUCGGAGUCGUCGGCGCCCAAGGAGGGCAGUCGCAGUCGGACGCCGUCGCGCAGUGAACGCGCCGACAGCAGCGACUAUUCCGGCCCGGCCUACGGGAUGGCGGUGCGGGCGCCCAUCGCGGCGCUGGAGGAGGAACACGCCGAGGCCAGCCGGGAACUGCGCAGCGUUGUCUUGACCAAGGGACCACAGGGUUUGGGCUUCAACAUUGUCGGAGGGGAGGAAGGAGAAGGAAUCUACUUGAGCUACAUUGUGCCGGGCGGCAGUUGUGAUCUGAACGGCAAACUGCGCAGAGGCGAUCGACUGAUUAGUGUCAACGGAAUCAAUCUGCGUCACGCUUCACACGAGGAGGCGGCGGAUGCGCUGAAGGGAGCCGGCCAGACCGUCACCAUUGUCGCCCAGUACUGUCCUGAAGAAUACCAGCGGUUUGAGGAGAAGAUUGAGGAGCUGAAGGAGAAGAUGAUGAGCGCCAGCAGCAACAGUCUGCGCCCGACGCAGAAGCGCUCGCUCUACGUGCGGUCGCAGAUCGACUACGACCCGUCGCGCGACAGCGGCCUGCCGAGCCGCGGCCUGGCCUUCGUGCAGGGCGACAUCCUGCACGUGACCAACGCCAGCGACGACGAGUGGUGGCAGGCGCGGCGCGUCAACUGGCGCGGCCAGGAGGAGGGCCUCGGCAUCAUCCCCAGCAAGCAGCGGGUGGAGCGGAAGGAGCGGGCGCGCCUCAAGUCCGUCAAGUUCGAGGCCAGCGGCGAGGGCGGCAGCAAGAGCGCCAGCACCAGCACGCUGGACCGCCUCACCGGCAGGAAGAAGGACAAAGAGAAAGACAAGGAGAAGGACAACAACUCCGGCAACAAGAGCACCACGCCCAACGCCGCCUCCAAGAAGUUCGCCUUCUUCAAGUCCGGCAAGGAGCACAGCGGCGACGAGACCAGUGAAUCGGAAAAGGUGGAGGAGGCGGUGGCCUCGUACGAGCCGGUGGUGUACGAGCGGCUCAAGUACGUGCGCCCCGUCAUCAUCAUGGGCCCCUUCAAGGACCGCAUCAACGACGAUCUCAUCGCCGAGCAGCCCGAGCGCUUCUCCAGCUGCGUCCCGCACACGACGCGCCCGCGCCGCGACCACGAGCUGGACGGCCGCGACUACCACUUUGUCACGCGCGAGCAGAUGGAGCGCGACAUCCAGAACCACCUCUUCAUCGAGGCCGGCCAGUACAGCGACAAUCUCUACGGGACCAGCGUCGCCGCCGUCCGCCAGGUCGCCGACAAGGGUCUGCACUGUGUGCUGGACGUGAGCGGCGCGGCGGUGCGGCGCCUGCACGCCAACGGGCUGUACCCGGUGGUGGUGUACGUCAAGCCCAAGUCGCUGGACUCCAUCAUGGAGAUGAACCGGCGUCUCAGCGAGGAGAUGGCGCACAAGAGUCUGGAGCGCUGCGCCAAGCUGGAGAAGGAGUUCGGGCACUUGUUCACGGCCACGGUGACGGGCGACACGCCCGAGGAGCUGUACCUGCGCGUGAAAGAGGUCAUCGAGCGGGAGGCGGCCGGCGACAAGGCCUGGAUACCCAGCAAGGAGCGCAUAUGAUCAGCGCUUCGGAAUGCGCCGGCCACACGACAAAACCACGGAAUCUCCAUGACAGGAACACGGGACAGCGUGUUGUUUUAUGAUGCCCACGUUAGAACGAUCGCUCUUGCUGCGAUGGACGACCGGCGUGUUGCAGCGGGCCGACACUCGCUGAAUCGAAGACGAGAAUAGUAUUUAUUAAUUUUCUUCUUUGCGCCCGCUCUGUGCGGCGUGUUUUCAGUUCUGAGCGACGUACAGAUACAGAUGUGUUGAGAUAUGUUGGUAGCGUGGGUUCUGUUUUUCUCGGUUUCCAUUGGCAUUCACAGUGGCAAUGUAAUUAUUUUUUUGGUUUUAUUAAUUUUACGCGUUGGAAUUUGGACGGGUAUAGUAGUGUUUUUAAGCGGUUGCUGCCAGUGUGUGCCAGAUCGAGGAUAUUGAUAAGAAUUAAAAAUGAGAAGGGGUAA